GUAGGCAGUCGGUUCCUGUGCAACUGUCAAAGUAGCUAGCCGAGUGUCGCUGUGUGUUGUGUGUGAUAUAAGAAACGAAAACAGCGGUUUGUUGUGUAAAUGUGAGGAAAAAAAUGUAGUUAGUUACCUUACUGAAUCAUACUUUGCGGUCACACACACCCUCACCCACAUACACACAUACACACACACACCUCACACACUCGCGUCAACGGUUUGCAACGGCUAGGCGACUCUUCUUCGACUAAACUCUUCUGAACAGGGUCAUGGAGGCACACAGUUCCGCACUUACGAGGAAAAGAAGGAGAGAGGGACCAAACGGAGAUAUGAACAAGGAUGACCCAGGUGGAAAAAUCCCACGGAGGACUUCGACCCUGACAGAACCUGCCCCAUUUUCUGAUGAGCUGGCGGUUAUAUCCACUCAAUACACUCGUGUUAGCCUUGAGGAAGCCCGCUGUGGCACACAAGUGGGCCGUGCAGUACGUGUGUAUGCUGACGGGAUUUUUGACAUGUUUCAUUCUGGACACGCCAGAGCGCUGAUGCAGGCUAAAUGUCUUUUUCCAAACACUCAUCUCAUCGUAGGUGUUUGCAGCGACACUUUGACGCACAAGCUAAAAGGUUUCACUGUCAUGAACGAGGACGAGCGCUACGAUGCAGUGAGUCACUGUCGCUACGUGGACGAGGUGGUCAGGGACGCCCCGUGGACGCUGACGCCGGAGUUCCUGACCGAACACAGAAUUGACUUUGUUGCCCAUGAUGACAUUCCGUACUGUUCAGCCGAGAGCGAUGACGUUUACAAGCACAUAAAGGAGGCUGGCAUGUUUGCUCCCACACAAAGGACAGAGGGCAUUUCCACCUCUGACAUCAUCACACGAAUCGUGCGUGACUACGAUGUUUACGUGCGACGCAAUCUGCAGAGAGGCUACACCGCUAAGGAGCUUAAUGUCAGCUUUAUCAAUGAAAAGAAGUACCACCUUCAGGAGAGCGUGGAUAAGGUGAAGCAGAAGGUACGGAACGUGGAGGAGAAGAGUAAAGAGUUUGUGCAGAGGGUGGAGGAGAAGAGCAUCGACUUGAUCCAGAAGUGGGAGGAGAAAUCACGUGAAUUCAUCGGCAACUUUCUGCAGAUGUUUGGGCCAGACGGGGCACUGAAGCACAUGCUGAAAGAAGGCAAAGGACGCAUGCUGCAGGCCAUCAGCCCCAGACAAAGCCCCAACAGCAGCCCCUCACGAGAAGAACUCUCUCCUUCUCCUACCUUCCGUCUUCCUUUCUUCACCAAGGCCCCUCCGUCCCUCUCACCUCCUCACUACAGCGACACACACAGCAUCAGCGAGGACAGCGAGGACUAAAGGGCCGCAGAAGUGCUUUUCCUGUUUUUUUAACUUCCAGACGGCAGCGACCGAUUGUCUGUCGAUCAUGAGGCCUAAACUCUAACACUGCUUUAAGUUAAUCUAGAGGAGGAGUCUGACGAGGACUCCUCUACUGGGGCUACAUUAAUUACUGUAUGAAGGAUCAGGUGGAACUCCUGGGAAGAAAUGAUUUCUAGCUUUAAUCAGUAUUUGUUUGCGUCUUUUAUACACAUUUGUUCGUGCACAAGUUGUUAAGUCUAGUAUGACUCUCACUGCACACCACUGUGAUCCUAUGUGUUACUGUCACAUCACACGUUUUGUUUUGUUUACUUUUUGGGGUUUUUAGCUGUUCCUUGCACACUUGCACGUCUUAAAACAAACAAGGAACAGGUUGGGCAGAAAUACAAUGUACCUCUCCGACAAGUCAUGCUACAAUGAUGAUACAGCAAACGAGUCAUAAAAACUUGUAGCUACCAGUCUGUCAGAAGCCAUACACACAAGUCUGCAUGUAGUUAUCACAAAGUCAAGUGACGUGUAUUAAUGUGAAUUGUCUGUGUAUUAAUAUAUAAAGUUUGCCAAAUGUUAAACUGGUAGCUAUUUUUAUUUUUGCCAACCUGUUCCUUUAAAUGUUAGAACAUUCCAUACUGUCUUAACGUAAGGGAGACAUAGGAGACAAAACACUGGAUUUACUGCCAUGAUGAAAAACUGGACAUUAUUAUUAUUAUUGUUUCACUGUGAGGCAAAAAGCCAAACCAUGUAUGUUCAAGACCAAACAGUGAUUUUAAGGAUCCUUAUUUUAUUAUUCUGUCGGUUUGCUUAACAGUGUCUUUAAUUUCUAAUCUGUCACAAUAAAUGUAUAAUCUUAA